AGUUGAGAUUCGACCUUCUUUCUGUGAGGAUGUCUCAAUGUCCGUAAAUCGUAUUGGUUCCGGAGUGAUUGUGUUCUCACAAGGAAGUUCAAUAGACAGAAACAUUGUUCUAUGCUGAUUGUUUAGAGCGGUAAUGUUUUGUGAUUGUGAAGAAUAUAAGUUAUUCUAACUUAAUUAAUUCAGUGAAAAAUGUGAAUAAAGUGUCUAUAAAAACGACCAUUGAAUGAAUAUUGAUGUUGAGAGUGAAGAAAAAUUUUUCGUGUUUGACCAGUUCAUAUUGGAAGGACGAAAGGAUAUAAAAAAAAGAUUCACUUUGAAAACCGAAAAAAAAGAGCAGCGAAAUAACCCAUCCAACUGUAUUGUAAUGCUAACAUGGGGGAUGCUCUGGGGAUUUUAUAAACAACUCAUCCUCUCUUAAGAGUUGAUAUCGAAGUGAACAAGUGUUUGCCGCAAGUACCAUCAUCACCACCGACUCCUCUUCAGGCUCUGCAAGUGGUGAUACGGAUUUUUUUGUUGUUGUUGUUCCUCUGGCGAAAAAAAAAUAGAAUACCAAACGUGCAAUCAUCCAUUUCGAAAAAAGCGUGCAGAAAGCAAAAGAAUUCCAUUACAAUUCGCGGUGUGGUGAGAAUUGUUCGCGGGGAGUGUUGUGAAGUGGAAGUAGUGAAAUAGUUUUAUGUGAAAUGCUUGGGGCUCUAGCGCGGAGUGUGGCGCCGAAAAUGGCCACAUUGGCUCUCGGGUUGAGCCUCUUGCUGGCAUGGACAACAGCCGAACCGGCAAAUUAUCAAAGUGACACUCAAAUAUCCUGGGCAUCCCCUCUAGCUACUCUGGACAUUGGAUCAUCCAGAUGCCCAAGGCCAUGUACUUGCACCGGAGAAACUGUAGAUUGCUCCCACAGGGGCCUCUCACAAGUCCCACGGAGACUUCCCAUUGACACAGAGAGACUUGACCUGCAAGGGAACAACAUUACUAUCAUCUAUGAGUCGGACUUGCAGCACUUGCCGAGACUCAGAAUACUCCAAUUGACCGAUAAUCAAAUUCAUACAAUUGAAAAGAAUGCACUUCAAGACUUGACUCGAUUGGAGAGAUUACGACUCAACAACAAUAAGCUGAAAACAAUACCAGACAACUUUUUGGGGAGCACAGCUAAUCUUCUUAGACUAGAUUUGUCUCACAAUUCUCUUACUACAAUUGGCCGACGUUUAUUCCGCGGAGCCCCAUCCCUCAGAAGUCUGCAAUUGGACAGCAAUGAGAUCACUUGUCUAGAUGAACAGGCAUUCAAGGGAUUAACCGAAUUGGAAAUACUAACACUCAACAAUAACAACUUGACAACACUGCCGAAAGAUUUAUUUAGCGGCAUGGCGCGAUUACGUGCUCUUCGUCUGUCCGACAAUCCAUUUGCCUGCGAUUGUCAUCUGUCUUGGCUUUCGAGGUUCCUGAGGAGUGCCUCACGUCUUGCACCGUACACCAAAUGCCAUUCACCAAGCCAAUUGAAAGGACAAAACGUGGGUGACCUGCACGAUUCGGAGUUCAAAUGUUCAGGUUUGGCGGAAAAUGCACAAAUGGAGUGUGGAGCAAGGAGUUCAUGCCCCCAUCCGUGUCGCUGUGCUGAUGGUAUUGUUGACUGCCGGGAGAAAAGUCUAUCCAGUGUACCAACUUCACUUCCUGAAGACACCACUGAACUACGACUGGAACAAAAUUAUAUCACAGAAUUGCCACCGAGAGCUUUUGCAAAUUAUCGUCGCCUGAGAAGAAUCGAUGUGUCCAACAACAACAUUUCCCGUGUUGCUCAUGAUGCGUUUAGUGGAUUGAAAGCACUUGCUUCACUAAUUCUCUAUGGGAAUAAAAUCAAAGAUCUGCCCAGCGGUGUCUUCAAGGGUCUCACAUCCCUCCAGCUACUCCUUCUCAAUGCCAAUGAAAUCAAUUGUAUACGGAAGGACACUUUUAGAGAUUUGCACAGUCUGAGUUUGCUAUCUCUCUACGACAACAAUAUACAAUCACUGGCAAAUGGUACUUUUGAUUCUAUGAAAAGCAUUCAGACACUUCAUUUGGCGAAGAAUCCAUUUAUAUGCGAUUGCAAUUUGCGGUGGUUGGCCGAUUAUCUGCAUAGGAAUCCCAUUGAGACAAGUGGAGCCCGCUGUGAAUCCCCGAAGCGCAUGCAUCGACGCAGAAUAGAUGUGUUGCGAGAUGAUAAGUUCAAAUGCACAAAUGGUGAUGACUACAAGACACGCCAUGCGGGUGAAUGUCGCAUUGAUGUUGAAUGUCCUGCCGUGUGUCACUGUGAACGUACCACGGUGGAUUGUUCAGCGAGGGGUUUAAAGGAGAUUCCCCGUGACAUUCCCCUGCACACCACCGAACUCCUGCUAAAUGACAAUGACUUGGGUCGCAUAAAGUCUGAUGGUUUGUUUGGACGACUACCCAAUUUGGUGAAAUUGGAUUUGAGACGCAAUAAAAUAACAGGAAUCGAACGGAAUUCCUUUGAGGGUGCAUCGAAGAUACAGGAUCUCGUGUUGGCAGAAAAUAAAAUUCCAGAGAUACACAACAAGAUGUUCCUCGGUCUGCACAAUUUGAAGUCUCUCUCCCUCUACGAUAAUUCGAUAUCAUGCGUUAUGCCUGGGUCAUUUGACUAUCUAACAUCUCUCCAUACCCUAAAUUUGGGAUCAAAUCCAUUCAAUUGCAACUGCCAUUUGGCAUGGUUCUCAGAUUGGCUGAAGAAGCGGGGGCUGUCGGGAGCUAAUCCCAGAUGUGCAGCCCCACCGAAGGUGGUUGAUGUGCCAUUGAGAGAAUUGCCACAUCAUGAAUUCAAGUGCACGAGUGAUGCUGACCAGGGAUGUCUCGGGGAGGGUUACUGUCCACCACAGUGCACGUGUCUUGGUACUGUGGUGAGGUGUUCAAGGAAUAAACUUAAAGAAAUACCCAAAGGCAUUCCUGCUGAGACAUCAGAACUGUAUCUUGAAUCAAAUGAAAUUACCAUGAUUCAUCCAGACAGAAUAAGUCAUCUCAAGAGUUUAACACGGCUGGACUUGAGUAACAACCAAAUAAACAUGCUGUCAAACUACACAUUCAGCAAUCUCUCCAAGUUAUCAACCUUAAUCAUUAGUUACAAUAAAUUGCAAUGUGUGCAGAGACAUGCGCUCAGUGGACUGAAGAAUCUCCGUGUUCUAUCCCUCCAUGGCAAUCAAAUCUCCCAGAUUCCGGACGGCAGUUUCAGCGACCUCACAGCAAUAACUCACAUUGCUCUGGGCAGCAAUCCUCUGUACUGCGAUUGUUCGCUUAAGUGGCUGUCGGAGUGGGUGAAACUGGACUAUGUAGAGCCAGGAAUAGCCCGAUGUGCUGAACCUGAGACGAUGCGUGAUAAAUUGCUCCUCUCCACUCCGGCUAGCUAUUUUGUCUGUCGUGGUCGUGUCAGCAAUGACAUUCUGUCCAAGUGCGAUGCAUGCUACACAUUUCCCUGCCACAAUGAUGCCCAGUGUCAUCCACUUCCGGAGCGCCAAUAUGAGUGUCGAUGUACGCCUGGGUAUCAUGGUGAGCACUGUGAAUAUAUGAUUGAUGCUUGCUAUGGCAAUCCCUGUCGACACAAUUCCACGUGUUCGGUACUGGAGGAGGGUAGAUUUAGCUGCCAGUGCAUUCCAGGGUAUACUGGAGCACGAUGUGAGAGUAACAUCGAUGACUGUGCUGAGAACAAGUGUCAGAACAAUGGGACAUGCAUAGAUGGGGUGGAAAUGUACACAUGCGCCUGUCCGGCAGGAUUCACGGGUGAACUGUGCGAGAGUAAGAUCCCCUUCUGCACGGAUACCUUCAAUCCAUGCCUCAAUGGUGCCAAAUGCAUGGAUCACUUCACCCACUACUCAUGCGAAUGUGCUCCUGGUUUCCGGGGGGACAAUUGCUCGGAAAAUAUUGAUGAUUGCCAGAACCAUCUGUGUCAGAAUGGUGGGAUUUGUGUGGAUGGGAUCAAUGAUUACGUUUGCAAGUGCCCGGAUGAUUUUACGGGGAAAUUCUGCGAAGGAGCCCCCAUGGUGGCCAUGAUGUAUCCCCAAACAUCUCCCUGUCAGCACCAUGAAUGCAAACAUGGUGUCUGCUUCCAGCCAAAUCCCUCAUCUGCUGACUAUGUCUGUAAGUGUGCUCCUGGCUAUUCCGGGAAGCGUUGUGAGUACCUCACCAGUCUGUCCUUUGUCCAUAAUAAUUCCUUCGUGGAAAUGGAACCCCUUCGGACGAAACCCGAAGCCAAUGUAACCAUUGUCUUCAGCACCACUCAGCAGAAUGGAAUCCUCAUGUAUGAUGGACAUAUGGAACACCUGGCUGUUGAAUUGUUCAACGGACGAAUUCGCGUGAGCUAUGACGUGGGAAACUAUCCCGUGUCCACCAUGUACAGCUUCGAGAUGGUUUCCGAUGGGAGAUAUCACAUGGUGGAACUUCUGGCCAUCAACAAAAAUUUCACAUUGCGUGUUAAUCGGGGAUUGGCCAGAUCUAUCAUCAAUGAGGGCAGCAAAGAUUUCCUCAAACUAUCUGCCCCAAUGUUCCUGGGUGGAUUACCACAGGAGCCAGGACAGCAUGCCUUCAAUCAUUGGCAUCUCCGCAACAUAACGAGCUUCAAGGGGUGCAUGAAGGAAGUGUGGAUCAACCAUAAGCAGGUGGACUUUGGGAAUGCUGCUAGACAGCAGAAAGUGACACCUGGAUGCGCCCUCCUCGAUUCGGAGUAUGAGGGAGAGGUUGAUGAUGUAAUGCAGGAGACACCGCAAAUUUUCAAGCAGGUGGAUCCGUGUGAGAAUCACAAAUGUCGAAGGGGAGGAAAGUGCGUGUCAAACAGCAAUGCUAAGGAUGGGUACACGUGCAAGUGCAAGAGUGGCUCCAAGGGGCGCUUCUGCGAGCAAGGUGAGGACAUCACCGAGACUUCUGAUAUCACUGUGGCUUCAACGUGUCGAAAGGAGCAAGUUCUUGAGUAUUACACAGAAAAUGAUUGUCGGUCGAGACAACCGCUGAAAUAUGCCAAAUGUGUGGGUGGAUGUGGAAAUCAGUGCUGUGCAGCUAAGAUUGUGCGAAGAAGAAAGGUUCGCAUGGUGUGCAGCAAUGGAGUGAAAUAUGUGAAAAACCUCGACAUUGUGAGGAAAUGUGGGUGUACAAAGAAAUGCUACUGACUGCAAGAUGCGGCUACCCAAGAUGCAACAAUUGAUGAUGACGAAGACAGUGCAGAUGAGAAUGAGGAAUUAGUUAAUGAUGAACCGACAGAGAGUGAUGAUGGUAUGGAAAUGGUGAAUCCCGAUGAGUAUAGUAACAUUGCACCUGAACAUGUAACAGAGUCUGAGGAGGAGAUUAUAAAGAAGGCCAGAGAGGCAUUUCUGCGAUAUCAAGAAAUUCAUGGUGGAGCUUUUGAUGAUGAUGAAGAGGAUGAUGAUGAUGAGGCUUCGGGUAGUGGAUUGGGGAAGCCUGAGGGUGAAGAUGAUGAGAAAAAAAUGGAUCUCUUUGAGAAAUUGAGAAGGGGAAAAUUACCUGAAAAUAAGGGAAUUAAAUUUAUGGAAACUCCUCAUGGGAAAGUGGGCAUUCUCUAUGAGACAGACAAUCGUAAGAUGCCCACGGAUGAAGUGCAGGAGGAUUCUAAUCGUCAGGAGAGACCUAGAGGACGAAUUACUCCAGUUCUCACGCCAGACGGAAAGGUAGCUCUCCUGUAUCGAGGAGCCUCAGACACAAUCACAAAGUAUGAGCCAUUGCUGAACAUUUCGAGCAAAUUUGCUCAUGAUACAGACAAUAAAUGGACUCCAGAGGAAGCAACACAGUCAAACUAUGUUGUAGAAUCUGCCAGCAAGACGACGGAGACUGUCCCAGAGGCAGUGGAGGAGGAAGAAGACAAUGAUGAGGAGAAUUUCAUUUUGCCCAGUAUCAAUCGACCACUGUCGGAAGUUCUGGGCAUCAAAAAGAAUCAAUUCACACAGUUUCGUAUUACUGAGGCUACAACUCCAAUGCCACGGUCAGCUGUGACCUUCCGGAAGGCCAUACUGACCACGAUGAGUCCCAGGAGACCCCAGUCAAGCUACGACUAUGACUACGAGGGCAAUGAGUACGAGGAGACAACGGAGAGAGUUGAUGUGAAUUCAAUGGACACCAAUGAAAUUGAUCCGGAGAUUCUGUCAAAGACAGAAGUGGUAAAUCUUGCCAUAAUUCCCUCCUUCACUCACGAUGUGGAUCAGUUUGCUCGGCAUGAUCGUGAGAAGCACUACCGAAGCUUCCGGCGCAAUCGAGCUGAUGAACUUUCCGGGAUCCACUGUGCUAUGCAAGCCAUGGUUGCAGCAGCAGCUCUGGCUUGUUUUUUUGGCAUGCUAGGUGCCUACUUUAAGACUAGAAUCCUAGAUCAGAUCACCAUAAUGCAUUGGUAGGAAUUGCUUGGUAUUCGACUCCAUGGUGGACAGCACUGAGCCCACCAGCCUGGAUCGAAUACCAUGACAAGAAAACUCAUCCCCCGAAUAGCGUCAACUGAAUUCUUUGGAAGAGACAUUUUUGGAAGAAAGAGGUUUGUGAAAAUUUGUCUAGAAGAGAGAAAUUUAUUGAAGAACUUGUGAUUUAAUGAGAGAGAUCUGGGCUUUUGUCGAAGAUCUUUCGCAAAAAUCAUGCUGAUCUGACGAUAUUUACAGAAAUUGUGACGAUCCGCCGAUUUUCCGAUCUUUUACAAAGAUAAUGCCGAUCUGUCACUUUUUUGCCAAGAUUGAGCUGAUCUUUCGAGAAAGAUUGAGCCUGUCUUUCGCAAAGAUCAAACUAAUCUGCCGAUCUCUGUAAAGAUCAUUCUGAUCUGUUGGUCUUGACGAUCUGCAGAUCUAGCAAUCUUCCGAACAUUUACAAAAACGGAUAUGGACGUCUUUUGAAAAGAUCGCUAACAUCGGCAGAUGGUCAGAUCUUUCACAAUGUUAGAUUUUUUCUCCUGAUCUUUCACAAAUACAUCAUGCUGAUCUAUCGCUUUUUGCAAAGAUCAUGCCGAUCUGCCGAUCUUCAGAAAGACCAUUUUAAUUUUCCAAUGUCUGUCUAAAUCGUGCUAAAACACAUUGAUCUUUUAUAAAGAUUAUGCCGAUCUGUUAAUCUUAUGUAAAGAUUGUUCUGAUCUGCCUGUCUUUUUCAAAGAUCGUACCAAUCUGUCAAUCUCUGUAGAGACCAUUCUGAUCAUUCUGAUCUAUUGAUCCUUUCAAUGGUCUUGAUGAUUUGCAGAUCUACUAAUCUUCCGAACUUCCGCUCUUUUUGAAAGAUCGCUAAGUUCUGCCGAUGUUCAAAUCUUUCGCAAUGAUAGUUUUUAUCAAUCAAUCAAUUUUUCGCAAUAAUCAUACAUAUUUUCCAGUCUUUACAAAGAUCAUUUUAAUUUGCUGAUCUCUGUUUAAAAACCGUGCCGAUCUACAAUUUUCUAUGAAAAGAUCUUACCGAUCUUUUACGAAAAAUCGUUCCGCAUUACCGGUCUUUUGAAGAAACCCCGAGGCGAUUUGCUUUCCCGUCAACAGUUCAUCGAGAAAACCCGUUAAAGUACGUCAAAAUUAAAUGGAAAAAUCGAUGCGAUGCCGAUAAAAUUUUCAAUGACGAUCGAUGAAUUGAUGGGCUGCCGAUUCACGAUUUUUCACACUUACAAAUCGUGCCGAUUUGCAAGUCUUUAUGGCUUUAUCACAGAUCAGCUGAUGAGCCGCUCUUUGCAAAAACUUCAAACGAUCUGCAGAUUUUUCGAUGUUUUACAAAAAUAAUGCAGAUCUUUUUCGAAGAACCCAGGCUAUUCUGCCGAUUUGCGAUUUUCACAGAAAUCGUGCAAUCUGGCGAUUCCUACAAAAAUUGUGCCGAUCUAAGUAUUUGUCAAUUUUUACAAAGAUAUUUCUAAUCUACUGAUUUAUGUUCAAAUCGUGCCGAUCUGCAGAUCUUUACGAUUUUUCAAAGAUCGCCGAGCAGCCGCUUUUUACAAAAACUUCAAGCAUUUUACAAAUUUUCAGGUGUUUUUCAAAAAUCUUGCCAGUCAGUAAAAAUCUGCUAAAACUGUACCGAAGAGACGAUAUUCCAAUCUUUAUUAAUACCAUUCUAAUCUGCCGAUCUCUGUCUAAAUCCUAUCGAUCUGCAAAUCUUCACGAUUUUUCAGAGAUCGUCGAUCUGCCGCUUUUUCAAAAGCGAUCUGCAGAUUUCCAGGUAGUUUUCAAAAUCUUGUCAGUCAGUAAAAAUCUGCUAAUACUCUACCGGAUAUUCCAAUCUUUACUAAUACCAUUCUAAUCUGCCGAUCUGUUUCUAAAUUUUAUUUAUUUAUUUUUAAUAUUAUAUAUUUAUUACUCUCAAGCUUAUACAAUUAACAAAAAGUAUGCACCAAUAAGGCAUGAUUCAGACGUUCGCCGCCGUCUUAGCGUUGGUGGCCAGCCUCCAAAGCCAAACGAUCUUUUAUAUUUUAUCAGAAAAAUAAAUUUCAAUUACAAAAUAGGCCCUAUUGCAGAGAUAAUAGGAAAUAUGCUCAAGGUAAGAUGUGACAGGAGCAACUAGGCUCGUGGUGUCACAACGAGUUCAAUUCUACACAAAGAGAAAAUAUGAAUAAAAAAACAACAAAAAGUUCAUCAAAAGUGUAGCAAAAAAUCCAGAAACCAACAUGAAAAAUCCAAGAAAGGAAAAAGAGAAAAUUUGGAAACAAAAUAAAUCCUAACGAUCUGCAAACUGUACGGUUUUUACAAAGAUCAUGUCGAUAAACCUUACUUUUCGAACACAUCAGGUGGUCUGCUAAUUUUUCGAUGGUUUGGAAAAGUCGUGAAAUGCCGUUCCCAUGUUCCAAUCUUUACAAAGAUCAUCCUAAUCUUCCGAUAUCUGUCAAACAGCUUGGAUCAGCAAAUCUUCACAGAUUGUACCGAUCUUGCGAUCGUUUGCAAGAAUCAUUCAAUUUUAUCGCUCUUUUGAAGAACCCGAGUCAGUCUGCCUAUUUACGAUUUUUCACAAAAAGCGUUCCAAUCUGCUGAUUUGUGCAAAAAUCGUGCAGAUCUGAUGAUAUUUCAGUCCUUAUAGAAAAAUCAUCCUAAUCUGCCGAUUUCUGUCUAAAUUUUGCCAAUCUGCAAAUCUUUGCGAAGUUCGAACGAACCUUACGAUUUUUUUACGAAGUUCAUGCCGAUCAGUCGCUCUUUUCUAAAACUCCAGGCGAUUUGCAGAUUUUUCGAUGUUGUGCAAAAGUUGUGCCAGUUAGUCAAUCUCUGCAAAUGCUGUACCGAUCUGCCAUGCCGAUGUUGCUAUCAUUACAAAGAUUAUCCUAAUUUUCCGAUAUCUGUCAAACAGCUUUGAUCAGCAAAUCUUCACAAAGAUUGUACCGAUCAUGCAAUUUUAUGCAAUUAAACCCGAGUUGCUCUGCCUAUUUACGAUUUUCACAAAAAUCGUUCCAACCUGCUGAUUUUUGCAAAAAUCAUGCCGAUAUGAUCAUAUUUAUUUCAUCAUUCUAAUCUGCCGAUUUAUGUCUAAAUCGUGCCGAAAUUUAAGAAAUUUGUACCAACAUUACAUUUUACAAAGAUCAUGCCGAUCAGUCACUCUUUUCUAAAACUCCAGAUGAUCUGCAGAUUUUUCGAUGUUUUGCAAAAAUUGUGCCAGUUAGUCAAUCUCUGGAAAAUCUGUGCCGAUCUUCCGUGCCGAUGUUGCAAUCUUUACAAAGAACAAUUUAAUCUGCCGUUAUCUGCCUGUUUACCGAUCUUCCGUUCUGUAAAAACUGUGCCGAUUUGCCGUGCCGAUACAGUAGACUCUCGCUUAAUCGGCUCUUUUUCAAUCGGGCGAAAAAUUUUGUUGACAAUUUUCACGUUUAAUUAUGAAGCCAAUUUGCUCAAAUUCGCUGUAGUUCUUCCUAUUUUAUCGUGAUUAUUUAUAAUUGAGCGCUUUUUGUGGAAUUUACAAAGGCUUUGACUCCCAAAUCUAUCGAUAAACCGGAUGACAUUUCGCCCCAAAUGCCCAAUUGAGAGAGAGUCUGCUGUAUUCCAUUCUUUACAAAUAUAUCAUUCUCAUCUUCAUAAAGAUUUUACCGACCUUCUGAUCGUUUAUAAAGAUCACUCCUUUUAAAAGCUCCAGUCGAUCUUUCACAAAGAUUGUGCCGAUCUGCCGAUCUCUGCAAAAAAUGUGCCGAUCUGUCAUAUAAACAACAAAAGCGAAUAAUUUCUAUUCUAGUGGUAAUUUUUUCUAAGCAAAAUUUUUCAAAUCUUUUCUUCUAAAACUGCUUUUCCCAAAGAAAUUUAUUUAAAAAAGAAAAUGAAUUUCACUUUAAAGACUAUAAUAUAGGAAACAGAUAAAGAAGAAAUAAUAACACUUGAGAGGCUGAGAAAAAAGUAAUUAUAGAAUGAAAGAAAUAAAAAAAACUUAUAUGUAUUAAAUUAUUCAACUGUAACAGUACCAAAUAGCCAUAAAAAAAUUACCUAUUUAUAGUGUAUUGCAAUCUAGAGAGAUCCAACUCUAAAGUAUAGAAGAGAAAAACAAUGUCUUUAAAGAAGUCCUUUUUAUAAUAAUAUUUGAGGAGAAAAUGGAGAAAAAAAAAAAGAAAAUACUAAUUGUAACUAUCUAGAGAUUUUUUGUACCAUCAUCCAGAGACAAAGGGUAGCCGCAUUUUAUUUCAGAAACAAAUGAAAUGAAUUAAAACAAAAUCCUUGAAGGAAUUGUGGAAAAAAAAUGUACCAUCAUCACCAUCAUCACCGAUUUAACAACUAAUUAAUAUUUAAUGAUUAUGUGAAGAAAUUUUUACUGUAUUUUAUACGUAUACAAAUGCAUUUUUAGUAGGUAAACAUUUAUUGGAAGAGAAACAAGGAACGUACAUCGUGCUAAAAUGGGUUUAAACCACAAGAGCGAUUGAUUAAUAAUAAAAUUAUUUAAUUCAGAAAGAUUCUGAGGGUGUUUUCGUCGCAAAGAAAAAUAAAGAUUCGAGCAGAAAAUGCUGUUGCAUUUUUAAUUAUUUUCGAAAGAAAACGCUUCUUUAUUUAUUUCGCUAAGAGGUUACAUUUGUAAAGUUUUAGGUUAUGUUAAUCCUAACCUCAAAGACAUAACACCUAUUUUGUUUCAUGGGAUCAUUUUAAUCUACUGUAAGAAGGGUUUUAAUCAGCAAUUUAUCCAAAAACAAUUGAAUUGGUUUAAAAACCUUCUUAUGAAUUUAAAAAAAAUGAAAUUUUAACCUCAAAAACUUAAUAAAUCAUGGUUAUUCUAAAUUAAUUUUGAACGUUUUUCCAAUUAAUAAAAAGUUGAUGAUUUUUUAAUUUUAGGAGAAUAUUUCUGUUAAUAUAAAUACUGGGAAAUUUAUUCCCAAAAGAUGAACCUAUUUUUUGAGGUUAGGGUACAUAACCUCAAAUUCUAAAAUGAUUCCUUUACAAAAAGAAACAUGAGUAUCAAGUCCAAUAUUAGAAAAAUAAUAAUAGAGAAGUCCUAUUACUUUUAGAUAGAUUUAAAAAAAAAAUAAUUUAUUUUACAGCUGCAACACACUGCUUCAGUAUUUUUUGCACGGAUCUGCAAAUUGUUUCCAAGUACUGUAAAUACUUUAUUUUAUAUUUUACUUUUACAUUAAAAUUAGUUGUAUAAUUUUUUGGGUAAUGUAUAGAAGCGAUAUUGACGUUAAACUUAAAGCAAAACAAGAAAACAAAUAAUUUUACUGCAAAUUGAUAUGUGAAAUCACGAGAUAAUAAGGAAAAUGAGCCUAAAAAAAAACAAUUAUACAGCGUAUUUAACUCAAAAAGAGAGCGAGAUUUUUCGACCUAUUAACAUCACUGCCCAAUAUUUUUGCCACGUGAAAACAUGGUGGAGUAGUAAAUGAGUAAAUAGACGAUGAAAUGUAUGUAUAAACCUUCCCUCAACCCCAUCAAAUACAUAAAUAAACAGUUGUCUUACAUAAA